AGAGAUACGCAAGAUGUGGGCCACAGCUGGGUUUAAAAUUGGUCAAAGUGAUGAAUAGUCGGAAGACUAUAUGAAGAGGUUGAGAAAGCAGGAUCUGCAACACACCCUCUCUCGAUACCUCUGAACAGCAAUCUCCCCUCGAAGACUCCGACAUCAAGAACCCAGGACACUGUACAACCUCAUCGACGACAUGGCAGGUGCUAGAAGUCCCAAGAAGGCUGCAGCUAGGAAGAGCGCUCGCCUACCCAGAUCGCCUAGAAAGCCUUGCGCACCUUGCGCACCGCGAGCAGCACCAAUAUCUCCUACCAGGGCCAGACGCAUUUUCCCUGCACCGCCAAAUCCUGAGGAUUGCAGAAGGUCCGACCGUGUGCGCAAGAAGGAGCUCGAGAAAACGCGGAGAUACCUUGAACGCCAGGUCACGCAUGUCCAACCUAACACGAGCAACAGAGGCACUCGCAGGCGUUCCGAUUCUGUGUCAUCCAUCGGGAGCGACUUGAGCGACUUGACGACCAUUUCCGAGAACGACAGGCUAGUUGAGAAAUGGCGGAAGAUCGAGGGCCUUGAAGGCACCAUCGAUGCCGGUGGUCUCGCGUCCCAGCCCAAAGUCUCAACUUCGCCGUCCGAUGCGGAGAAUAUUGUUUCCACCUUGUCAACGUUGACGUCCGAGGCCGAUGUGGGGAGCUCAUUGAAUGCCCUCAGAGAGAUGACCACACAAGCUCAAUCGCAGGAAGUCCAGGGCCCAUUUCCACAAACUCCAUCGCAGGACAGCAAUUUCGACCCUGGGUCGGUACUUCAUACUCCUAAAGCACCCCAGAGGUACAUAUGGGAGGUCGAGGAAGAGGAGGAAAGCCAGUCUCAACGUAUCACCUUCACUCCAGAACCUUUCAGUCAGGAGGAAGUAGCACCAGGCUACCCUGUAUCUUUCCGCGGUCCGACGCCACUCUCUGAGGAAGCUACGGCGCAGCAGGCCAUCAUAGAGCGAGCGAUCCGAGAGCAAAAAGAGCAAGCAGAGGAAAUCCGUCAAGAAGUCGUGAAAGCUGAGGAAGCUUUAUCAGAGAGUUACUUGUAUACCGCUUCUUCUUCAACUACCGCAACCGAUGUCACCGGCAAACCGAGGAGCGCCAUUCAUGGAUCGGACGGGACCGAAGUUCACGACCGCAUUCAACCUCCUUCUCAAGAACUUGGGGCACACGCUUUCCCCCAGUCACCUAAGCGGGAGCGAACACCGACGCCUGACGAACGCCGAUUCCCUCAAACUCGCUAUGACACUCCAGGCGCAGGUCCGGGGCUCAGCGCGGAGGAGAGACAAAGACUCUUGGGGUCCAUCCCACAAGAAACGGUUAUCUCGGUCGUGAUUCGCCAAGACGGAAGCUUCGAACUACGUGGAGAUCGCGCAAAUCCAAGAUGGCAACGACUGCUCGAAGUUCUGACACAGGCAGAGCGAGAGGGACUGUGGGGACGAUCGCGACCUGUGGCACCGCGGGUUGAACCUGCCCCUCCAGUAACAACCAUGAACCACUUCGGCUAUGAUCAGAACUACGUACCACAACUAGAUAUGGCCUAUGGAGCGUACCCAUUGGAAGCGGACUUGCUCGCCCCAUCACUUGAUAACUUCAACAUGGCAGCCACUAAUAACUUCAGUACCAUGGCGGGACCCAGUAGCUUUGGUACCACCAUGGCAGGACCUAAUAGCUUCAACGCGAGCAUGGCAGGAUUCAAUAAUUUCAGUAAUACGAUGGCGGGACCCAGUCUUUUCAAUGAUACGAGGGCAGGACGCAAUUACUUCAAUGCUGCCAUGGCGGGACCUAGUAACCUCAAUGCUAUCGGUGCGGGACCCAGCAGCUUUGACACUAACUUCGCUGGGCUGGGUGGCUUCAAUCCCGGACUGGAUUUCCUGUAUAACGAGGUGCAAAACACCUACGUGCCGCCGCAUCUAAGCAACAACGUACCUUAUGGUUGGACCAAUCCUCACAUCUCGACGGGGGCUUACCAAAACCCGAUAGGCCAAGGCGUUCCUAAUUACCUUCAGGCCUACCAGAACCCAGUCCAGGUCCCAGCUGCGGGCAUGGUCCAGCAAGCUCAACGUUCAUCAGUUCCUGCUGUGUCCUACUCUACCGAGUCUGACGACCAGAACAUGAAUAUGGAGUGAAUACACGUCCACAAAGUUAAAGCCUUCAGUUGCUAGUAUCCUAGAUGUGUUUGUUUGCCGUCAACAUAUAUGCCCCAAUAUUGUCAUCGUAUGCUCACCUGUCUACUUUCACCAUUAUGCUUCCCAUUCGUCUUGAUUACCUAUUGCCUUCCAUUCUAAUAAAAGUGUCUGACUGGUUCGCUCACU